UUAUGUAAUUUAAUAAAUCACAAAGUGCAGCAUAAUUUCGUUUAUAACUAGCAUCAACAACAAAUAGAUCUAAUUUUAAUACUAAAAUCUUUAGUCCUAGUCCUAGUCCUAAAUCUUCUCAAAGUUUCAGAUCUAAAUAAGCCAUUGAACUUAUAGAAAGUAUAUUAUUGUAAAAUAUUAGUAUAAAAUAAUUUCCCAUAAAGAGAGUUAUUUUUUGAGAUAUAAAGACUAUGGAAUGAAAAUAAGAUUCCUGAAAUACAUUAGAAGUAUUAUUAUUUUAUAUUAACUUCAAAUCUUGCAUGUCAAGAAUAUCUAAUGAGAUUAGAAAUUGAAAGUUAUAAACUACAUGGAAGCAUAAUCAAGACUUUGCAUCAAUUAACUAUAAGUAGAGAAAUUUGUUUACAUGAGGCAUUAGCAAUAUAAUAAACUGAGAAUAUUAUAGAAUUUGUAUGCCUUAUUUCAAAUUACAUUUAUGAUCUUAGAAAAAUUACUUUAAAUCUUGUAGAAUAUUAGAGAAAAUGGGUGAAUAAAUUAUAUAUUUAAUAUGCUUAUAAUUACUAAUGGAUUUAUUAAGGAGAGAAUUACAUUUUGAAAAUUAAGAAAGAUCAUAAAUUACUGUUUCAAAAACAUCCUGUCUUAAUGAAAUUCUUUCAUAUAAAUGAAAAUGCUGAUGAUAUUUUUUAUUUGGAAAUUAUUAAUUAAGCCUAUGAAAGAGAUUUAGAAUAUUUUGAUUAUUUAACUAAACAUAAACUUGAUCAAAAAUAUUUAAAAAGAAUCAAAGAAUUAUAAACUUAUAUAACAGUUUCAUUUGCAUCUAAAUAAUUAGAAAAUAAGAAUUAAACAAUAAUAAAAACAAAAACAAAAACCAAUUUCUUUAAGACAAAAGAAUUAUAAAGUGGUUAAGCUACAUCUAGAAAAGGGAGUAUAAAUAAACUUUAGAUUGAAUUACCACCACUUCCUGAAUAUAGAAGUUAAGUAAUCUAUAAAUCAGAAGAUAUAUCAUUUAUUAUUAAAGAUUGGCCAAUAAAGGAUAUUCCUUAAAUUUUAAGUUUUUGGUUAUCUACAAAUUUUGAAGAUUUUCAUAAGAGUUUCUUAUAACCUUCUACUUAUAUAUAAGAAACUUUGAGUUAUGGUUUAGAAGCUAUAAUGUUAUAAAUAUCUGAUUUAGGAAUAAUAUUAGCAAGUGUUGAAUAAGAUUGUAAUAUUAGAAAAUGGGUGAUUCAUUUAAUAGUGUGUAAAGAAUAAAUAUUUGACAAAAUUGUACAUCAUUUUAUUAGAAUGUUGAUAAAUAAUGGAGAUUCAUUUGAGUAAUUAGGUAUAAAUUUUACUUUAUUGGAAUGUUUUGAAUAUAAUCUUAAAAUACUUAAUUUUUAUUUUUCUAAGAUAAUAACAAUUGAGAAUUUGAAAGUUAAUUAUACUUAAUAUGUUUUGGAUAUUAAAAGAACAGAAUAAGAAUAAUAAAGUAUGUAAAUUAUUAAUGAUCCUAUAUGUUUUAUAUAUGCAAGAAUAUUAUCAAGAAUAAAAAAAUUAGUGUUAAAUAGUGAUGAAGAAAUAAUGGAGUGUUAAUUUUGUGCUAAUUUAGGUAAGUCUAAUUUAAUAGUGUUUGAUGAUAAGACUUAAGAAAGUGCAAAAUAUUUAGUUGUAAAUACUAAACAAUAUUAUAAUUUUAGAAAUAGAAAAUAUAUGGAUCUUAGUUUUAACAUAUGUAAAAUGUUAAGGAUGUUAUGAAAGUUUGUCAAAGAUUUAAAUCUCCAAUAAAAACUCCUGUUUAUUUAUAAUAUUUCAAUAUGAAAUUAUAAUUUCAAGUAUUUUCAUCAGAAAUUCAUAAAUAAACAUAUUAACCUUAUAUACGUUUUCCAUAAGUAUAGUUUAAUUACUUAAUAAGAGAUCGAAAGGUAGUUUAGAAGAAGCAUCAUUGUUGUAAUUGUCAAGUAAUGAUUAAAAUAGUCUACGUAAAUUAUAUCUAAUAUCUACAACAGAUCCAUUUAUUAAAAUGUAAAAAAUGAAUUUAUAAAUAUUAGAUAUAUUUUUGAAUUAAAAAAUGAUGAGAUUACUAUAAAUAUUCAAUCUAUAGUGAAUGAGAUUUUUGAAAAAUAUGAUAAAAAGAGUUUAUCAUAAUAUAAUAUAUGGCUACCUUUUUUUAGUUGUAUUGGUAAUAGAUAAAAUUUAACAAAUUGCAAAUUAUAAUCUUAUUUUACUAGUGAAACCUUUUUUGAAAUUAAUUUUCCUAGAAUUGGAAUGAAUAGUGUUAAUUAUAGUUUUGAAGGAGAAAAAUUAAUUAAUUUUCCAUUUAUAAUAGGAAUUAUUUAAUCAGAUUUAGAUUACAUUAAUAAACCAAUAUUUUCAAUGUUAGUAUAAUAAGAAGAUAUAAUAAAAAAAUGUUAAGCAAUUUAAGUAGCAAAGAAAAUAGAAUAAGAUUUUGAAGUUUUAGUAAUGUAAAUUAAUCCUAAAGAUAUUGAAUUAAGAAUUAAAGAAAUAGUCAGAUUCUCAUGUUAAAUGACUCAUGAUUCAUUUGAAUAAGAUUCAUAAAAAUUAAUUGAUAUAAUGUAUUAUUAGUAAGAAUCUUGUGUGUUAUAGUUUUUUAUAGAAAAUUUAGUUCAAGGAUAUUGUAUAUUAUAUGUAGAUUAAAAUAAGAUUAAUGAAAGAGUUUGGAUUAUAGAAAUGAUAUCAUGUAAAUCUGAAUGUUUUUUUGAUAUCUUUUUAAUUCAAAUAGUAGAUUUAGUUUUUAGAUAAGAUGAAUCUGCUUCAGAAAUAUUAAUUGCAUAAGUAAAAUAUUUAAUUAUUAUAGAAUCAUUAUGUAUAAAAUAAUGGAUAAAUUAUGGCUAAUAAAUAUAUCUCAGAAGCAAUAAAGAAAGUUGGAUUCAGAUGGAGAAUAGUUGAAAAUGAUUAUAAAACUUAAUUAAGGAGGACAAUAUUUACAAUUAAACGAUCUAAUUCUUAGUAUACUAUUAUUUAAAUCACAAAAUUAGCUAACCUAGAGUAGAACAUAAUAUUUCUAUUAAAUUUAAUUCAUAUUACUCACUCUAAUAAUCUGAAGCAAGAAAUGAAGAAACCAAUACAUUAAGUUAUUUAAAAACUAAAACUAUAUUUUAGUUUGCUGAAGAUUGUUUUCAUUAUAAUUUGCAUAAACCAUAUGAAUAAAAUCUAUUUAUUAUUGAUAAGAUAAAAAAUAAUUUAGCUUAAUUGCCAAUGACAAAAUUCACUGAAUUUAAAAAUGAAAAAGAUGUUAUCAAAUAUCUUGAUAAAUUAACAUCUCAUCCUUCUAUUGAUCUAAAACAUACUUAAAUUAUGACUUAAUAUACAAAUCUAUAGUUAAAAUGGUUAAGAUCAAGAGAAAUUAUUAUAGAAGGAUCAAAAUACAUAGAAAUACCUAAUGAAUAGAAUUUUAUAUAUUAUUCUACUUUCCCAAAAAUGAAUCUUAAGAUUUAUUAUGUUAAAUUAUUCAAUCCAGGAUAUUAUUUUUUUGCAAUGGAAAUAGCUCAUAAUCAAAUUGAAUCUAUUAGAGAUGAUUAUGUUAUAUUCACUGAAAGAAUUUAUUAAGUAAAUAUAUUAAUUUAAUAUAGGAAUUUCAUAAUAAAUAACCUUAAACCUCAUCUGAUCUCUAUAUACCUUAAUUCUAAACAUGUCUUACUAUAAAUGAACCUGUACCCAAUUGGUCUUUUAUUAAAUUCUCAUUGACCUAUAAUCAUACAAUAAUUUAAUCUAUUAUUAAAGACUUAGGGAAUAGAACAAUUAAAAUUCAUAUGCCUUUUUUGGCAGGAAUAAUUUAAGAAGAUUUAGGUUUAAGAUAUGAAAAACCAAUGGUGACAUUUAUUGCAUCUGAAUAUAUUGAUUGA